UCCAAGGCAGAACGGCUGCCAGUGAAGGUGGAAGGCACCAGCAGUCUCUCACGAUAUUGCGCUCCGCUCCUAUCCUCGUCGCUUCCUUUCUUCCCAGCUCGUCGUCGCUCGUUUUCACCCGUCCCCGUGGGAUCGUCCUGUGCCAGUGCCAGUGCCGUGCCCUGUACGAUGCGAUACGCGACGCAAAACGACGCUCGCAAUCGAAUUAACAAGAGAAUUCGUGGUCGACCGUGAAGCGUUGAAACCGACGUGCUCUUAGACAGACGUUUCGUGUACAGUGCGAGUGUUCGUGUGUGCGUAAGGUGGUGGUUGUGGUGGUGGUGGUGGUGGGUCUUUUUUGGCGCCAGCUCGCGUGCUCGUGAUUCGAAAAUGCGCACGCCUAACGACGUAACCCGGUAUUCCAGUGGGAAGACCAAGGAACAGAGACACCGCGUCGAAAAUAGACUCUCGCCCUCGUGUUCAGGUCCGUGCACCGAUCGUCGGGCAUGCGGAAGAAGCGUCAACGGGAGACAGUGAUUGAGAGGAUCCGGCAGACGGGAGCACUUGAAUAUUCGAUCGCGCAGGUACUAAAAUGUCCCAGCCGCAACUGACCAGCGACUUGGAUGUUCCGGAAAGUCCGCAACACCCUUGUCAAUGCUCCGCGAUGAGCAGCAUGGAUUCCAUGAGGACGCAGAGGGACAGAGGGGAAAGGGGCGUGGGAAGUACAAGAAUUUCCAACAGCCAAGAACUGCCCAGAGGUCUGGAGGCGCUUCAGAGCGCUUUCGAACCGAUAAAAAGACUGGAAAGUCCGUUAUCUCAUCAGGAAAGCCAACAGAUCAAUUUAGAAAACACGAGGAACGUGGAUAUCAUGGAACACCAGGCUACCCUGUCGCCUGGCGCGAGAUCGUUGGACGGACAGACCGCCAUUCUGUCCAGACAUGGUCACAAUCUUUCGUGUAGCCCGAGAAACUUGGAUCUCUCCCGAAACUUGGCGUUCGAGGCUGCGAGAAGAGUUCAGGAAUCCGGCAACUUGCAGGACAACCAACAUAGCCUAACUUCCAGCCCUAGCCCUUUGCUGGAGUCUAACUCGGCCUUGCUCGAGACGUCCGCGAAAGAUCUGGACAAGCAGCUAGAUGAUCACGCCGGGUUAUCGCCAAAGCAAGCCGCUUCGGGUAAAGAUAAGCUGAAGAACAUUCAGCAGGUCCUGAAUCCCUAUCAGCACCAUCACGAGCCCACGUCACCGGAACGAAACGUUCAUGGACAUUUCCACAGCGAUGCCCACGCACACGUUCACAAACACGCCGACAAUUUUCGAGGUGGCACGAAUUUAGACGUUGCCGAUGGACUGAUGGGUUUUCAACAGCACCAACGACAACACACUCAUCAUCAUCACGGAAACACGAAGACUACCAACGUAGCGCAUCAUCACGGACCCACGACCGUGCAUCACCCCCAUGGCCCGCAAGCAAUGACGGGGCACCAUCAUGGAAACCUACCACCCAGCCUAGCUGGCCACGUUCACGGAGGCUCGGUUCCUUUGAGUGGCUCUAGCUCGGGUCAUGGUACUCAAACUGCAACCGCGAAUCCCAGCACUCAUCAUCAUCCGAACCCUAUCCCUGCGUCUACCACGAUGGGUCACAGGACAUCGCCAACCAGUCAUCAUCGUCUAGCUGGGAAUACCAGCCUGAGCAGUCACUACCCUUCGAACUCUGGCUUCUCCAGCGAUCAUCAUGGUACAUCGAGCGCGAUGAGUGGUGCUUCCUCGAAUUCGAGUAUGUUAAAUCACGGAGGUUCACCGGCGGUUCAUCGACACGUGGUAAACGCCAACAGCAGUCUGUCGACCACACCGCUUGCCAGCCAUCAUCACGGCAGCUCGUCGGGUAGCUUAACCGGACACUCUACCGUGAAUCAUCAUCACGUCAGUUCGGGUAUAUCCUGCGAGUCUUCUUCGUCGAACGCCAACACGAGAACCCAUAGCCGUUUAGAUCACGUCCACGAUCAUCAUCAUCACUUGCAACAAGUGCAUCCGUUGCACGCGAGCCACCCAGACGCCCGGCAAAGGGACAGAGCUCCGUCCAGUUUGGAGCAUCAUAAUCAUCAUCACGGGCACAUUCACAGCCACGGGCAUCAGCAUCCGCAGAACAACGAGACGAAAAACACGUCUCUGAUCGGCGUCGAUGCCAUACAGGUAUCGGCUCCUUCGAAGAGUAAAUGUCAGUGUCAUGUGGUGCAAACUGGAGGAAACAAGAGAGGACCAGAGGGUGAAAGCGACGGAGGCGUUGAAGUGACAUCAAGAACGCAUCAACCCCCUGCGCUUCCUCCCCGGCCACCCCCUAGACCGACCAGGCGAUACGAGACAACGUCCGUCAACCAGUGCCAUACCGGUGAAGGUGGUUGCUGCAAGAAGUACGUUGUCCUUUGUUGCCUUUGUGGCGGCUUGAGCGCCGCGGUUGGCAGUCUCUUUUUGGCGGUACACGCGGUCCUUUCAGCCCACACGGCUAGUCUAGCUCUCUUUGAGACUGUACCAUCUUACAUUCCUGGCAUAAUGUUAAUUCUAAUGGGUCUGUUCACGAUGCUGCUCGCCAGGCGGAAACACAGAUAUGGACUUCUGAUGAAGGUGUGUGGAUCCGUCGGUGUGGUGUGCGCGUUGGUAUGCGUGCUCGUCACAGUAACCACAACAGUGAUACACAUGUCUCGACUGCAAGGUCUUCGGAAGUGCGUUUACACCGUGAAGGCGAGGUCGUGUACGUGUUACGGGGCACCGGAAGGAGACCCCGGGGUCCUCUUCGAAGGCACUCCUCAUUGCGAAGCGGUUCACGGUGCCUUGCACGCCUGCUUGAGAGCACUGUUCGGCGUUUCCGUCGCUGGAAUCUUGGCAUGCAUAUUCUCGUGCAUGCUGGUGUACCAGUUACUGAGUCACGAGAAGAAGAAGAUGUACUGGGAGCAGCUGGAGCUCAGAUGCAGAUCUCUGUACGGUCAAGGAGGCACCGUGGGACCAGCGACUGGUUCCUGUGGCUGCUGCAACGACUGCGGUGGCGCUGGCCCAUGGUGGGCCCAGACACCCGGAAAUCUGUACACGCCGAAUCCUGAUUUGGCACCGUCCAGAAGAUGGAGACUUCCAUGGUCCAGGUCCAGAGGACCAGCACCGAGUCCUGAUUCAAAUUACGGUUUUCACACGCAGGCCAGGCAGACGGAAGCCAACGUAGAAAAUACCAACGGCCCUUACAGCGUCCUUAAUUCCCAAUCCAGUGGCCCUUAUUCGGUUUUGAACGCACAAAACGGACCGUACACCCCCAGCACAGCUUCUUACAGCGUUCUAGAGGCUCCUGUUCCUAUGUGGGGCCCUCCGCCACCUUACAGCGAUCCCAACAGUCCAGCUAGGAGGCCACAAGUGACUGAACAGAGGCCAAGGAUCACCAAACGGAUCGAGAAUUUCGAAAACAACGAGGGUCUGAACACCGUCGCUGCGGAUCACAGAUCAAGAUCCGUGAAACGUCCUUCCGAUAACUACGAGAAUGCCGAGGAAAUAUCGAACAGCACCGACCCAGAGGGAGGGAACGAGGGUACGAUGAAGGGGAGAAGAACCAGGAAGCCUUUAAAGGGUGUUGAAAACAGUGCCUUCCAACAGGAAGCGAAUCCUGGUCCCAAACAGUCGGAAAGCGAACUCUAUUUCGGCGACGUGUCUUCCUGUUGCGGUCCAGAGAGCAGUUUCUACGACCUGGCCGUGGACAAAGAAGGCGCGGAACAUUCGGAGGGCGUUGAUUACCUGGCAGCUCGUUUAGGUAAACGACAACUCUCGAAGAGGUCCAGGAUGCCUCUUCCUCUUCCGUCGGACAGCGGCGACAUACCGUCGGACAAUUACGCGAACAACGACGAACCGAGAAGUGCGAGAGGACCGUUUCUAGCUCCUGACGCCCAGUACGAGGUGAUUCAACAAGGCAGAUACUCUUAUUACGCGUCGAAGGACGACGAACAGCUCCAAGAAGGUCCAGCGACUUCGGGAUACUUCAGAGAGGAGGAAGGUGAGAGAGGAAGAGAGAGGGAUUACAGGGACUACAGGAGCAGUCAGGAAGAGGAAACACCUCAAUGUUGUCUGAGCGACUCGACGACGUUGGACUCGGGCUGGCAAAGCGGAGAACAACAACAAUCGGACGAUAACGUACGACCGGUGAACGUGUGAUUAGAUUUCAAUGAGAAAUAAGAUUGUACGAGGAGGAUUGUACGAAGCCUGAGGAUACUUAUAGUCUGAAUGAAGGUAGAGAGAAAAGAAGUAGACGGAAAGGUGGUUUAUCCAACGAUCCAGGCUCGGUAGAAUUUAUUUUUCAAGGAUCAGUGAAAGGAUCGUCUCCGCUUAGCCUUUCGUUGUACACGUUGGAGAUAUCCUUCCAAGUUCAUCGCAAUUGAACUGCCGCGAGUUAGAUAGGGGAUCGUGUAGAAUAUAAAGAUGGUGAUAAGAAUAGAAAUCUUAUAAUUACCAUGUUUAUAAUAGAGUAUAAGCGUUGUGAUUUGUGGUACGAUAGCUUAAGACGUAAACCUUUAAUCGUUAGAGCAUUAAGCGAACGAGAUUAUGUCGCGUUAACAGAAGUCUGAUAAAGGAUUACGCGAGAGUAUUUCCGAGAUAAUCCUACUUAGCACUGUAUUUUUGUUAAUUAAACGCUAUGUCGCCCGAUGUUGUUCGUAACGUUAAUCUUUAAUGUAUGUCGAAUGGAAAUCGUACAUAGAGAAAGAGAUAACUAGUUUCAUAGGUGACAAGUCAUGGAAAAGGUAUCUAUGAAAUAAAAUAAUCAUUGAAAGAAACAGAUAGAUUUUUCCAAAGGUUUUUUGCAAACAAUGUUCUAUUUUUCAAUGGAUACCUUUUCCUUGGCGACUCGUUAGAAACGUCCAUGUACAAACGUGUGUGCUUUACUCUUGCCAAUAUCUUGCUAGGUGUCAACCGAUUUUCGCACUUACACGCUAAUCGUUGCAAAAAUAUUUAUCGUUCAACGAUACGUUCCGAUUCGCGCACCAUUAGUUCAUCAAAUUCUAUUCACUGCCUUUUAAACCAACAAUUUAUCUUCCAAUAAAUCGAACGAAAUAUCUUCGAGCAUCCGAACACGAAGUCUGACGCGAUUUUACAAUGUUUGCAAAGAAAUUGUCGUUAUUCGUGCUUGUCGAUGUUUAUCGCUUCGAAGGAAUCGUAUCGGUGAUCUGUGUUAGUUACUUUGCGUUCUAGAGACGUGAAUUACAAGAACAAUAUACAAUCCAGGUGGACCAAGAACAAUGUAGAGAAAGAAGCGAUUUUUACCGAAUUAACGUGACAGAUUUUCUACACUACCGUCGACUAGAGCCGUUCAUUAUAGAACACGCGAAGCAGAUGCAUAUUUUAUAACCAUGAUUCGAGAGUGAAAGAGGCAAGGCCAGCUUAGGAGAGUAGUUUAACGUUGUUUACUCGAUAAAAGUGUACCUUAACAGCGAUACGUAGCUAAGUCCGAUACAUUGUCGAACGAUGUAACUGACAAUUAUUAAGAAUAAAGCUUUGUUUUGUAAAGAAAUCACGCGUGAUUCGUUUCAAACAAUACUGUCCAUUGUCAUCGAACGUAUGUAACAAACAAUACCGCUAUUAGAGGUGUGCGAGUACUCGAAAUUUACCAGCCGAGCUGAACUCUCUACGAUUGUU